ACUAGAGAAAGUUCAUAAAUGUGAUAACUGUAAUAAAAGUUUUUCUUGCUUAUCCAUGUUAACAAUACAUCUAACAUCUCAUGGGGAAAAUCGACCGUUUUCGUGCGAUAUUUGUAGAAAAACUUUCAAAUAUAAACAUGAUCUAAAAAAACACAUGAAAAAAGUACAUCAACAGGGACAAGUCGCAUCUUUUUCCAAAACAAGCGUUGAAUAUACUCAAGAUAUAGAAUGUGACGUAGUAGAUAAAGAUCAGAAAGAAUCAAUAGAAAAACCAUCAACGAGUGGUCAAAAAUCUCACUCAGUAGAAUAUGAAGAAGCUGUUGUAGUCGGUAUCGGUGCAGAAAAUACUGGAAUUAUAAAUACUGACGAAUAUUUAAACAUGAACGAACUGGAACAUUUACCGGAAUUGGAAGUAUUUUCAGAAGUGAUAGUUGAAGGAUUCGAACUAGAAUGUCAUAUUUGUCAAGAGAAAUUUGACAACGAAAUAUCUCGUACAGAACACGAAGCAAGAUUUCAUUAAUUUGAAUAAUCACUUCUAAAUAUUAAUUUGCAAAACAAACGAUUUAAAUCUUGCAUUGUUUUUUCGUCUAUUAUAAAAAUAUUUUUUAUUUUUUGCA